AACUGCAUGUUUGGGCGGGAAAACAAAAGAGACGCCAUUUUUGUUGGAUAGGCGCACAGACGGUAUCAACAACGAUAAUAUUAUGUGGGAUUACACGUUAUGUUCAUGUGACCACCCUCCAGAUCCUUCAGUCUGAUUGACGUAUUCGAUAUUUGUUUGUAAUAUGCUGUUAUAAAUUAUUGAUGUUAAAGUUUAUUUGAAGUUGAAACAGAAACCGCAAGAUGUUUUAUGCACACUUUGUGUUGAGUAAAAAAGGGCCAUUGGCCCGUAUAUGGCUGGCGGCCCAUUGGGACAAAAAACUGACAAAGGCUCAUGUGUUUGAAACUAACAUUGACAGUAGUGUUGAAGCCAUCAUGCAGCCAAAGGUGAAAUUAGCUUUAAGGACAUCUGGACAUUUGUUGCUGGGUGUUGUGAGAAUAUAUUCUCGGAAAGCAAAAUAUUUGUUAGCAGACUGUAAUGAAGCUUUCGUCAAGAUCAAAAUGGCAUUUCGCCCAGGAGUUGUCGACCUUCCAGAGGAAAACAGAGAGGCAGCGAUAACAGCCAUUACCCUUCAAGAAAAUUUCCAUGAUUUUGACACAACACUUGCAGACUUAAAUGACUUAGAUGUGCAAGCGCAAUUCUCUGUAAACCAGAGUCGGCCAGAAGAGAUCACAAUGCGAGAAGAUCUUGCCAGCAUCGCCUUUGUAGGAGAUGAUGGUUUUGGUGUUAUGGAAGGUUUUGGUGGGGAAAUGGAUGAGGAUGAGAUAUGUUUGAUAAUUUUUGGAAGCAAAGGCUGUGUUAACUGUGACCUUACAUGGGACGAAAUUUUCAACGUAGAUUUUUGCGUAACAAAAGUGCCAAAACAAAUGCAUAAACAGCCGUCUAAAUGUGCUUCGACAACAACAACUCAUUCCGUAACAUUUCAUCAAGACUCUACAUGUACCUGUGAUAUUACCUCUAGUCCUAGUAAAAAUAAGUGCUCUUGCUCGUGGAAUUACCUCACCAAGAAAAACCAUGUGGAAAGUACUCCUACCUUAGUUCCUAAACCCAGAAUAGUGAAAUUGGAUUCUGGCAUUGGUAUGGAUAGCGAUCCAGGCCACAGUGAUUUCUCCGAUGGUGAGUCGGAUUAUGACGUCGACUGUGCCUGCGAAAGUGAAUCCAAUGUGGAGAAUUCGCCAGGCUUGUCCAAGUCUUCACAGUCUCAACACAAACGUCUCAGGAUGUCUGCCUCAUCACAGGGUGACGUGGACGUUGGUGGGUUUGAUGAGAGAGAAAUCCUUCGUGAUGCCACAAAUCUAGAAGACUCCUUGUACAAACAGCCGGACAUCUCCAAUCAUCAACCAGUGGAAGAAAAGGAAAAAACCUUGAAUGAAAAUGCCACGGAAAAGCCAAUUGAUAUGGAUGUGGACCUGGAAGCACCAGUGACGGAUGAUGGAUUCGGGGGUGCAGUCGACGGAGGAUUCAUGGAUGCAGAUGAUGACGAUGACGACGAUAAUGAUGAUGGUGGUUUUGGAGGGGGUGUUGAUCAGGAAUUCUUUGGUGAUGACUUCAUGAACUCGGGUGGUCUGUUUGAGGAUGCGCCGAUGGCUGAUGUCACUAUGCCAGCACCAGUAGAAGUUGAGGGUCCUGUCCCAGAGAAAGCACCGGAACCAGUUGGACCAGAAAGCAUACAGCCCACAGAGGCUGAACCUGUGGCACCACAACAAACAACAGUGGUUGCUACAGAGCAAACCACCCUCAUCAAUAACGAGGAAGAAGCAUUCGCCCUGCCGCCUCUUGAUGCCACAAUUGUACAAGGUGUUUCUGAAAAGAAGGGAAAGCGGAAAAGGAAACUGAUUGUUGAUGAGCAGAAAGGCAUUCCCAGUGAAACCAUGAAGCUGCAGUUAUCGGACACAUCAGAUGUGAUAUCAACACUUGACCUUGCCCCUCCAACAAAAAAGCUCAUGCAUUGGAAAGAAACGGGUGGGGUAGAAAAGUUGUUUUCUCUUCCUGGUAGAACAAUCUCUUCAAGAGCAGCAUCCAAGCUUUUUGGAAGAAAUUUGAUCACAAGACAAGUAAAGGAAGAAGAGCAUGAAGAUGAAGAAAAGAUCGUUCUUGAAUCUCCAGAAAUUGUCAGAGAAGAGGACAAAACAGUACACAAUAAAACAAAACCACGAGUGGAGGACAUUAGUACUAUUUUGGAGGAGCCCUCAAUACUUGAAGUUUCAAACGCGUCCGCAAGAUCCCGGCGUAGUGAAAAGCCAAGAACACCAGCUCCCGUACCAGAGCCUGAGAAAUCAACAGUUGAGGAGCCUGCCAACACAACUGAUAUAUUCUCCAACACAUUUACUGAGGCUGUAGUGGACAUGCCUGCUGACCCUCUGGCCCUGAACGCACAGCUUGAUCCCUAUGACCAGGACCCUCCGUCUAUAGCCCCGUUUUCUGUCCCUCCUCCUUCAGUGCCACCUCCUUCUGUAGGACCCCCACCAUCAGAGCCACCCCCGAUUGCUCCAUCAUUCAGCAUAGAAGGUGAUUUAGAAACAGAGGCCAUGCCAGAAAAUGAAGAACAAGAAGAAUUAAGAUGGACAAAACGAACACAAAAAAUGCAACAUUCACUUGAUAUUGGUUUUCGUUAUAAGAACCCUCUUGGAUUUAAAGAGAUGUCAAGGAAUCUCAAUCGCAAGCAGGCUGCAGCUCGUUUCUAUACUCUUCUUGUGUUAAAGAAAUACCAAGCUGUGGAAGUCGACCAACCAGAGGAGUUCGGAGAUAUCUACAUCAGAAAGGGUCCUCAAUUCGGCAUCGCAUGUUGAGGGGAUUGUUUUCUGUUACAAUGUUUUCAAAGUUUAUAAACUGCAACACUCUCCAAAUCCACGUUUCUGUGCAGACACUUGCAAUGGCAAAAUGAUCAUUCACCAUUUCAUCAGGUCGAUGAAAUUACACAGAUGUUCUGUGAACAGACAGUUAUUGGAUUAUGAAUGUUGAUAUGAGGGAGAUUGUCAAAGAUCCUUAUUCUCAACAUAUUUCAUAGCUUAUGUGUUCAAUUGUCUUUACUUAUUUCUCGUUCAUAGAUAUAAAUAAUUUGAUCCACGGAUAAUGAAUGAUGUAAGUAAAAUGGAGGGGGGAUUUUAAAUCAGUGGGAAAAGGGCUUUGAUUUACGUAUUGCUGAAUUUUAUUUCAAAAGUACAUCUCAAUUUUGUUUUUAUUUAUAUUAUUAAUUUUACUUGAUGAUACUAAAUUAUCUUGAAGUUUGAUGUCUACAGUAACUGGCUUCGUAAUAACGACAGAAAACUUUCAGUUUGUGAUUGAGUCAUUGAAAGUGAAUGAAUGUGAAAUAUUCGAAGAGAUCACAACUAUAUUUGUGCAAUGUCUAUGUUAUUUGCUGUUUAAAUGUUAACCUUAGAGGUUAAGUGAAAGUAAUAUUUAGAUUAUCUUUUGGAUUUUUGAAAGUGCAGGGGGGGGGGGGGUUCUGUGGCAGUGCCAUAAAGGUUUUACUGCUACCAGUCAUCCAGAGAAAUUUUGGCUUUAUUAAAGGGUUUGGCAAUAAAUUGAAGGAAUCUUGGAAAGGAAUUCAUGAGAAGAAAUGUAUUGGCUGUAAUUGAGGUGGCAAAUGAAACUUCGUGGCAUUAUUAUGAGGCUUUACUGUACCUCUUGCCUCUCCUAUACAAUCAUUAGGCCUUUAGAAUCUGGUUUUAUUGAGACAGUUAUGUUCUCCGCCUAGCUUGUAAUUUAAGUAGAUAUAUACUGUACUGCCUUUCUUUAGAAAGGGUGUUAUUCUAUGAUUAGUGGAAAAUAUCUUUUGUGAACCUAAUUCAAAAAUUUGAAAAGUACAGGAAAGUGCAUAAUGAUACUUGAAACUUGUGUAAUAGGGCCGUGCAUUGAUCACAAGAACCAAUAAAAAAUGAGAUAGUCUGUGAAAUAUUUGAUGUUAUGGUAAAGUAUCGUCUUCCAAAGAUUUUCUGACAAGACAUUCAGAUGGAUAGCAAGGUUUUCUAGACAGUUAUGCAGAGAAGAGAAUAUUUCAUUGUUUCUAGAGUUCUUGUAACAUUUCUUUUGCAUUGUAUAUUUUAAAAUUGAUUGAAAUUUUGAAGUUGAAGAUAAUAUUUUGAGCCAAAACACAUGUUUUUCAAUCUUUAAAACAUGAAUAUUCCAUGAACAAGAAUUGGUGUCUGCAAGGAGUGUUUAAGUCAUUUAUGGUUGUUGAAUGAUUUGAAAUUAUUCAUUCAUGUGUAAUAUUGACCAAAAACUAGUAUUAUACAUAUGUGAACCAGUGCAUGGCCCCAUGAUUAGAACAACUUGAUAUAAUUUGGAAGGGAGAUAACUCUGCUGACGUAAAACAAAGAAUAUCUUGGUUAAUAUCGAAACCAAAUAUUUAUUUCAUGAGUUAGUUAAUAUCUUUUAACUGGAACGCAAUUCUACUGCUUUUUCAUAAAUAAGCACAUGGGAAUGUUGGGCAGCACUAUUUGAGGGACCCUACUUCUCGUCCAAUGGGUUUGUUUUUCGACUAGCCCAAACUCUUACACAUCACACAGGAUGUGUAAGGUAGAUGAUAUAAGGUUAUUUUACUGUGCAGGAGUACAGUGAUAUAUUAUUUUAUGAUGGAAAUUAUUUACCAGAUAAGAUUGUAAUAUUUAAUGGAAAACAAAUUUGCGAUAAUUUAAGAAAUUUUGAGCAUGUCAGCCUGUGGUUCUCAAUGUCCCUUUGUAAUUUGAAUUGUCUAUGAACAUUUAAGUAUUAUUUUCACUUAUGUCGUAUGUUCACCUGGUGGUUCUCAUUGUCCCCUGUUUGUAAUCUGAAUCGUCCUAUAAGCUGUAUAUAAACAUCAUAUCAUCAUCAGGAGUUUUGUUAUGUGGGAGUAAAAACUUGUACGUUGGUUAAAACUUUCACUGAAAGGCAGCUUUUCUUAAUUGACACUGUUAAGUACACAAAACUAUCAUUUUGCACAUGUACGCAUAGGAACAAAAUCUGAAUAUAUUAUCAUCUCAAAAAACAUUGUAACAUGUUGAUCUAUUUACUCCAGGAGGGAGUAGAGGUUUGUCUUAAAAACAGCAAAAAAUGCUGAAAGUUCCAGAUGACUUCAACAUUUUUGCCACACAAAAUUUUAUUGAACAUAAUUUUUCUAAUCUCCACAAAAUUUUCUGUUUUGACAUGGAUAAAUUUGGUCCUGUGGAGGUUUUUUAAGCCGCAUCCAAUAUUGUGUACUGUAGAUGUCGCCCUACACUUUUAUCGUCCUGUUUUAAGGUAUUGUAAAUGUUGUUGUGAUUGACUCUUGCCAUGAAAUAUCUUAAAAGACGUAUUUUAUGUGCAAAAAUCAAGAUUUUCUUUUUUUAUGAUCUUUUUUUAGAAAUAUUUUACUGGCAAUAAACAUUGCUGGAGAGAAAGUAUGUAAAAACUUACAAAGCAUGAUGUAGAAAGAAAUAAUUUCUAGCUUUAAUUCAGGGAAGGAGGGCUAGCAAAAUUUGCAACAGUUACACUUUAUAUAAUUUAAAUUAUUAACAAGAUUGUAAAAUAUUUGUUGAGAUAAAGUUUUUAGACGCCAUUAGAUUCCGCUUGGAUUUAAAAGUUUGAAAAGAUGGAAAGCAUUGUUUUGAAUGUUGUUUAAGUGGAGAGAUUGUAAGGUUGUGUACGAGUGUUAGUAGCUGUAGGUGAAAAUGAGUCUGCGUUGGAUUAUUUUUAUAUCGACUUUGUGGAAAGGAAGGCAGUGGACUUGUCUUCUUGCCAUUUUAGUUACAUGUGAAAUGAGGUUUUAUCAUGUAGAUUUGUUAUGUAUGUGAAACUGUUUAUGUAUUUCUCACAUCUUCAUCCUAUCUUUUUAGAAUCAUUCUUCAUUCUCGUAGCGUAUGUUCAAUAUGUAUUAUAAUAAAACUCAGUUGAAAUCUUAAAUAUAUAUAUAAA